AGGAGGAGCUGAAAUGAACAGUAGAACACAAGAAAGAAAGAGAGGAGUCCAUAUCAAGUUCAACCGAUUCUCCCAUUUCUCCGCUAAUCAAACACAAAGCUUUUACUUCACGCACCUCUCUCUCGCUCUCUCUCUCUCUCUCUCUCCCUCAGCUCACAAGGACACACUUAUUUGCUAAAACCCCAAAAUUACCGUUUGCAAUAAAGUGAAACCAAAUCCAAAAAAAGAGAGAAAAGAACCGCACUCAACUUCAAUCCCCUUACUUAUUACAACAACAAAAUGAACUUUUUUUACUCUCACUCCCACUUCCUCAUCUCAAUCUAAUUCUCUCUCUCUAUCUCUCUCUUUCUCGGAGGCAUUUUCACAAACACCUACAUCAGAGAAAAAACAAAAGCCCACCACCAUGUACUUGUCCGAGAAGCCCCGCCCCAUAGACUUCUACAAAGAAGAAGGCGCACGCGACAUGAUGAUCGAGGUCGUCUCCAAUGGCGGCGGCGGCGGCGGCGACUUGCCACCUCACCACGCUCCUCAACCUCACCCUCACACGCACGCCCACUCUCACCACCAGCACCAGCAAAUGAUUCUCGGCGACAGCAGUGGCGGCGACGAGGACCAUGAAGUCGAGGUCGAAGUCAAGGCUCCCAAGAAGCGAGCCGAGACGUGGGUCCAAGACGAGACUCGUAGCUUAAUCUCUCUGCGCAGAGAAAUGGACGGGUUGUUCAACACUUCGAAGUCGAACAAGCACUUGUGGGAGCAGAUUUCAUCGAAGAUGAGAGAAAAAGGGUUCGAUCGAUCACCCACUAUGUGCACCGACAAGUGGAGGAACUUGCUUAAAGAGUUCAAGAAGGCUAAGCACCAAGAUAGAGGUAGUGGGUCUGCUAAGAUGUCUUAUUACAAAGAGAUUGAAGAGAUUUUGAGAGAUAGGAGUAAGAAUGCACAGUACAAGAGCCCCACUCCACCUAAGGUUGAUACCUAUAUGCAAUUCUCUGAUAAAGGUAUUGAGGAUGCUGGCAUUUCUUUUGGACCAGUGGAAGCUACUGGCAGGCCAACACUCAAUCUUGAGAGACGUUUGGAUCAUGAUGGACAUCCUCUUGCCAUUACCACAGCUGAUGCAGUUGCAGCAAGUGGUGUUCCUCCUUGGAAUUGGAGAGAAACCCCUGGAAAUGGUGGGGAGAGUCAGUCAUAUUGUGGGAGGGUAAUAUCAGUCAAGUGGGGUGAUUACACUAGAAGGAUAGGUAUUGAUGGCAGCACAGAUGCCAUCAAGGAGGCAAUAAGAUGCGCUUUCAGGUUGAGAACCAAACGUGCGUUUUGGUUGGAGGAUGAGGAUCAGAUAAUCCGAAGCCUUGAUCGGGAUAUGCCUUUGGGGAAUUAUAUGCUUCAUCUUGAUGAAGAAAUGUUGAACUCCUAAUUGCAGGAUUGGCCGUUAAAGUGUGUCUUUAUGAUGAGUCCGAUCACAUACCAGCAAUGCAUACUGAAGAUAAGAUUUUUUACACUGAAGAUGAUUACCGUAAUUUUCUGUCUCAACGAGGCUGGUCAUGUCUAAGGGAGCUUGAUGGGUAUCGAAACAUUGAUAGUAUGGAUGAUCUUCGACCUGGUGCAAUAUACCGUGGUGUGAGUUGAAGACAGCUCAUCAUUGUCUGGAUGGAGGGACCUCAUUCUGUUUUCUUCUUGAUGUGAGUGCGACCGGCUUGGAACCGUCUAGCUCAGUUGUGUAUAAUGCUGUUCUCCAGUUAAUUUGGUUAAAUACUGACACUGGAGGGACUUUGUUAUUCUGUUUACCAUACCUACUGAUCAGGUUCCAUGUUGCUUAGUUGUGUAUAAUUCAGAAUUAUAUAGUAGCACAUGGAAAAAAGCCUGUUGCACAAAUUCUGAUCUCAACGUAUAGUGGCCUGAACAGCUUGUGUGUAAAUAUGUAUUUCCAAUGACAACAAAGGGUUUCCAAGUUCAUUACCAGUAAAAUCAUUUUUCCCACUA